AUGGAUAAAAAGAAUCCCACAGACUUUGUCCAAAGUGACCCAACAAAACAGCCACCCCCAUACUCGUCUUCAUCAUCACCCGACGAAGACCAGGGCCAAUCCCAAUCCUCCGAUGCCCAAUCCGACAAAAAGAAACAGAACUCUUCUUCUGGCCGAGGAGGCUCAGGCACCAAUACCAACAACAACACCACCACCACCACCAACUUUGUCUACUUCAGCGACCCUACCUACAACUUCUCCACCGCCAACACCACCUUCGCCGCCGCCGCCGAUGGUGUGAACCUUUCCACGGCCGCUAAUGUCGCCUACGGCAAUCCAUCUUUGACUCCGGUCAUUUCCGUCCCUCCGGGUUUAAAUACAGGGAUGACCUCUGGCACCGAUGCCUUGCCCUCUUCGAAUAUCUUCCCCGUCACCCAGCAGUAUCCGCAGGAGGAGGAGGAGGAGGAGGAGGAGGAAGUGGUGGUGGUGGUAAUGUUGGAGAUGGAGGAGACUGCUGCAGAGAUUGCGGAGAUUGCAACUGCGACUGCCACUGCUGUGGCGACUGUACAGGCGACCCCUGUGCAGACCUCUGCGACGCCUUCAACGGCCUUUGUAGUCUCUUUGGCGACUGUUGCAACGCCGUAG